CCACUCCCUGCCUUUUUCAUCGGACCGAGGAGCCAGAGGACUCAGAAGGAAGCGAGAGUGCGCACUGCACUCUGUGCCCCACGAUGUUUGCACCCCGCCAUGGCCAUGGUGCCCUGGCCGUCUUGGCUUGCCGCUUCCUGAUCAUCCUGCUCGGGACUCCAGGUCUUGCCAAUAAAGAGAGCAUGAUGAAACCAGAACUGAGCAUUCGUGGAGAUCAAGUGGUGAUCCAGGCUGGUGGAACAUUUGACAUCACCUGCAGGGGAAUGGCUGCCAUUACCUGGACCUGGGGCACUGGGUCUCCAGGAAGCCGGGCCCGCAUCUUAGAGCGCCCCUGCCCUGAUAACCCCCUUGUUACUUGCAACCGGCUCACCAUCUUCCCCACAGAAGCUGGCGACACGGGCUACUUUACAUGUAGCUACAAGGAUGUUGCUGACAUCAAGGAUCCAAAUGACAAGGCCAGUGUGUACGUGUAUGUCAAAGACGACAACCAGACCUUCGUGGAGACCUACUACGAUAUGCCACUGUUGAUCACUGUGUUUACUGAAACCCAAGAGGUGGUUGUGCCCUGCCGCGUCACUUCUCCUGAUGUCAGCGUCAAACUUCAGUUGUUACACUCUGCCACGUUCACCUAUGCCAACCAAAAGUGGGAUCCCCGGAAAGGCUUCAUUGUGACCCGACCCUCCUACCACUUCUACAGCAGCAUUCUCCAGUGCGUUGCUGAAGUCAAUGGGAAGACACACAAGUCCUUCUAUCUCCCACAGCGUCUAGAAACCAAGAAAGAAAAUAUCUCCAUCAGAUACAACCACCAGAGACUUCUAACGGGAGACACCCUUGUCCUGCAAUGUGCUGCAGAGACCACGUUCAACGGACGAAUCGAUCUGAACUGGGUAUUCAAUCGGCAAAAUUCCAAGAGAAGACCCAAGAUUUAUGAAAUUAAAAGAAAUCUGGACCAAGGAUCCUCUGUGUACAAGACCUAUAGUAACUUGACCAUCUGGAAUGUAACUGUGGAAGACAAGGGUUUGUACAUUUGCAGGGAAGACAACAACACUGCCCUGCAAGCCAACGUCACCAUCGUAGUGUACAAGAAACCGUUCCUCAAUGUGGGCUACAGGAGAAGCCGUGUUUAUGAAGUGACAGCUGGACAAAGUAUGCUCAAAAUGGGAGUAAAGGUGGAUGCUUUUCCUCGCCCCAAUGUGACUUGGUACAAAGAUGGAAAACCACUCCCAGUAAACCAUACCUUUCAGCCUGACCCUCUCAAGUACAAACUCACAAUCCUGGAAGUGAAUGUAAAGCAUGCUGGUAACUACACUUUUGCUCUGAGCAACACGAAGCAUGGACUCUACAAAAACCUCACCGUACAACUGAUUGUCAAUGAAAAACCCAAGAUCUACGAAAAGGAUACAGAUCUGAAGAACAUCCAGCCAAUUCCCCUUGGCAGAGAGAACAUCCUUCGCUGUACAGCAAGUGGCCUGCCUGUGCCCUCCUUCAAGUGGGCCUGGGAGCCCUGCAGCCAGAAAGAUGAGCUGUGCAUGGAACGAGGCAAGCGGAUCCAUCUUUCCCAUGAGACUCUGCAAAACGAUCUCCCUAUAGGCAACAGGAUCCUGUCCAUUGAAGAGACGGUAGUGACAAAUGGAGAAAAGACAAAGACUCUGAGCACCCUGAAGAUAUUGACCAGCAACAUUUCUGGUAUAUACUACUGCAUAGCUAUAAACAAGGUUGGCAUUGAUGAGAGAAGCAUGCAGUUCUACGUCUCAGAUGUGGCUGGCUUCAUGGAGGCAGAACCCCUAGUCUCAGUGAUCGAGGGCUAUGACGCUCGGCUCAAAUGCAAGGCAGCUAAAUAUAUCUACACUCACCUCGCUUGGUUCAACCCCAUUGGAGAGAAGAUUCCUGUUAUAUACACAGAAAGCUUAAAGAAUGACUACUCCAUCUCAUUGACACUGGUGAUUAAGAAUGUGACCCAGAAGGACAAAGGGCAGUACAAGUGCAAGGCUUGGACCGAGAGGAACAUCACCAAGAUGAUGCAACACAAUACUCAGCUCUUAAUUAGAGAAAGAGUUGCCCCAUUCAUUAUUGAGAAUCUUACCAAUAUUGAGGUCAACAUCAGUGGCAAGAUUUUGCUGGAUUGCAAAGUGAGUGGAACACCGUGGCCUAACAUCCACUGGUUGAAAAAUGGAGUUCCUGUUCUCCCUGCUUCGGGAAUCUCCUUUGAGAACAACAGCCUUAUUAUUCAACGAGCUAAAAAAGAAGAUGAGGGCUUAUAUCAGUGCAAAGCGACCAAUGAGUUGGGGGAAGUGAGCACCGCAGCUCUUAUCACCGUGGAAGGCUCUGAAGACAAAUCCAAUAUUGAAGUCAUCAUUCUUGUUUGUACUGGCCUUGCAGCCACCCUUUUCUGGCUUCUUCUAACCCUGGUCAUUCGUAAACUCCGAAAGCCCAGUGUGUCAGAAAUCAAAACCGGAUACCUUUCCAUCAUUAUGGACCCUGAAGAGAUGCCCCUUGAUCAACAGUGUGACAGGCUUCCUUAUGAUGGCACUAAAUGGGAAUUCCCUAGGGAACGGUUACAGUUAGGCAAAAUCCUUGGUCAUGGUGCCUUUGGUAAAGUGGUGGAGGCUUGUGCUUUCGGCAUUGACAGAGCUUCAACUUGCAAGACGGUGGCAGUGAAAAUGCUGAAAGAUUGUGCAACCUCCAGUGAGUUUAAGGCUUUGAUGUCAGAACUGAAGAUCCUCAUUCACAUUGGUCACCACCUCAAUGUGGUUAACUUGCUGGGUGCCUGCACCAAACCUGGAGGUCCUUUGAUGGUCAUUGUGGAAUUCUGCAAAUAUGGAAAUCUGGCCGACUUUCUGAGAGGGAAGAGAGGAGAUUUUAUUGCUUCCAAGGUCCCGCUCGGUAUGGAUAAAAAGGUGAAGACCUUUCAUGAUUCCGACUGCAAGUCCUCCCAGCUGGUCAAGCCGCGUCUGGAGAGCGUGGCGAGCACAGGAAGUUCCACCAGCUCUGGCUUCAUUGAGGACAAGAGCUAUAGCGAAUCUGAUGAGGAGGAUGAAAGUAACCGCCACCUUUUGGGGGCCACAAUGACCCACCGAGUAGAUUCGAAGAAUCUCUAUAAGCACACCCUCACCUUGGAGGACCUGAUCUGCUAUAGCUUCCAAGUGGCCAAGGGCAUGGAGUUCCUUGCUUCCAGAAAAUGCAUUCACCGGGACUUGGCUGCUCGGAACAUCCUUCUAGCUGAUAAUAACAUUGUGAAGAUCUGUGACUUUGGUUUGGCCAGAGACAUCUACAAAGACCCUGACUAUGUCUGGAAAGGGGAUGCAAGGCUCCCGCUUAAAUGGAUGGCACCUGAAGCCAUUUUUGACAAGGUUUAUACUAUCCAGAGUGAUGUGUGGUCGUUUGGUGUCUUGCUGUGGGAAAUAUUCUCUCUGGGUGCCUCACCAUACCCAGGAGUGCAGAUAGAUGAGGAAUUCUGCCGUCAGCUUAAGGAGGGAACACGAAUGAGAGCUCCUGAAUAUUCCACUCCUGAAAUCUACCAGACUAUGCUUGACUGCUGGCACAGUGAGUGCACCCUCAGACCCAACUUCUCUGACCUUGUUGGGCGUCUUGGAGACCUCCUUCAGGCCAAUGUUCAACAGGAUGGCAAAGACUACAUACCUCUGAAUGGCACCGGUGGACCGCCCACAUUCAUGGCCCUGGAUCCUGUGGAAGAGACCGUAAGCAGUAACAUCAGCAUGGAAGCCAGCCUGAGUACUGUCAUCAAGAACAAGGAGUCCCUUCAGAGAGAGAAUGACAUGGAGAUUGUGAAAUAUUCAACCCUGGACAUUGGAGAGGAAGACCGGAUGAAGGAGACCUCCCUCCUGCCACUGGAUCCUACCCUCGAGUGUCACAGCCCCCCGCCCGACUAUAAUUCUGUGGUCCACUACAGCACUCUAUCCCUGUAACUUAGUUCUAGUCCCCUUUCCCACUCCUUCCAAACCACUCCUCUUUUUCCUCAGAAAUCAACCCAUUCUGUUCACAUUCAGGUCAUGGUAGCAGAAUUAUGCGUUUGGGACUAGAGAAUGAGAAAAAGAAUACAUGGGCAGAGAAUCUCCAUUCCUCACAUUCCUUUUGGAGGCACAGCUGGCUAAAGCCAGACCCCAGGCCUGAUAGAGAGACAGCAGGAUGUUCAGUCCCAUUUCUCUUCCUGUUAUACACCAAUGACCCUACCUGGGUGUGCUCAGAUUCACAAUAGCGCAUUUGCUAAUUCCAUGCGUCUUACCACCAACUUUGCCCAUUAUACUUGCAUGAGGCCAUUAGAAGGAACAAUCUCUGUUGACCCAUCAAAGACCCACAGAGCCUCCAGUCAGGAUCUUUGACCACAUCAUAUGCAGAUCUUGGCAAUGAGCCUCCAAACAGGGCUUGGUGGACUUCUCCCUGAAUGUCUUUUCUUUAAAAAAAAAUUACAGCAGCCAUUUUUGAGACCUGAAAUUUACUAGGGUUUGCCAGUAGAACGGAGUUGGCAGCUAUUUGCCCGUAAUGUCACCCAUGAGGCAUCUCUAACGCUGCAUGGCCUCCUUUGGUUCUAGCAGUCCCAGUGAGAGUUGGCAAUGUCCAGUAUAUUUAGGAUGGUCUCCCUGUGAACUACCGCUCUCAUCACCUUUCUAUUGUUCCCAUACCAGAAAACAUACGAUCAAAGUCAUGUGAAUUUCAAUAGCAUGACUUUGACACAAGCUCCCAGAUCUGCAUAUGUGUCUAUGUGGACUCAGACGAAAGCAGUGAGGGAAGGAUUUGUGCCCAGUGCCCUUCCAGAUUGGCCCUGUACUUCUCUCCUUGUAGAAAAACCCUGUUGCUACCUCUCUGCCAAGGGAGGAAAGUGUAGUUCCCCUCCUGGUGGUCAGGGAUGACUAAAUAAAUCGUGGCCCUUUCUGUAAUCUCUUCUUUCAAAAGCAACUCUUCAUUGGAAUCUGAUGCGGCAGGGCCAUGCACCUUCAUUCUAAGCUCAUCUCUGGAUUGUCUGAUGGGGCUAUUCAUUGAUUUUUGAGAAAGUGAGCCACCUCCUCUAAUUCAUGCUGAUAGCACCAGGGAAAAGGGGAGCAAGUAACAUCCUACAAAAAUGAGACCUUAAAGAUGCUCUGGUUCGUUUCCACUUCCCAUUUUGUAAAUGGGAAAACUAAGAACCAGAAAAAUGAAGAGGCUUGGAUGCAAGUCUCCUGACUACUGGCCCAAGGCUUCUUCCACUGUCUAGACCAUGUAGACACGUGUGCAUACACAUAAACACCUGCUAAUGUAUAUGAUGAUGCAACUGGGAUAAAUCUCAAGAAUAGCUUUUUUUCCUCCCUCAUGGAAACAGAGGCCUGGGCUUCUGCUCCAACUGCUCCCCUUCUCUUCUGUAGUGGCCCAAAGAAACCCAGGACUCUGAAACCCAAUUUUCACUUGUGACUCAAGAGCAUUAGUGAUGUAAAAGGCAAUUAGAGGCAAGCUAGUCCCAUUACCUGUCCAUUUAAGAAGUUUGUAAAGGGACCCAGAGACACACAAGCCUGAGUCCUAGAAAGAAAACCCGAGUUUGGGGAUACUCAAAACAAAGAGGUAAAUGCAAGCCUUCUUAUCUCUUCCCAUCCCUUAGCCUAUUGACAAUACUAGACACAUUUGCUGCUUGGUUCACAAAAAGUGGUGCCACGUAUGUGAUGGAAGACAGGGUAGGGGACAACCACCAGCCUCCAGCUACUAUUAGGGGGGGAGGUCCUCUUCAAAUAUUCUUCAGGAAGUGCUUGUUUUGCAGCUGUACUUCCAAGAAAUUACCUGAAUCAGCUUUGCUGCUGUCCUAGUAAGACCUAUGGGUUGAAUGGAAGAAGUUACCACUGGAGGGUCAUAGUGAAGGGCUAAACCUGAUUCCUCCCUUUUUCCUGUCUCUGCUGAAAAAUGAUUGGCUCUUGAGAUAGCAAGAAACUGAUCACCAUUUGGAUACCCACCUGAUGUGAAAUCCCAGUUAGUCUCGAUGGUCCUCAGUCUUGCCAAGGACCAGCUUUAGCUAACACAAGCUUUAUGCAGUGGGACCCCCAAGAACAGAGUCAAUGAUGAUCUUGUAUUUCUGAUUUAACUGGGGGAGAGAGCCUCUCAACUGUUUCAAAAAACUCUAGCAAUGCACAUGGCUCUGCUACCCACUGGUUUAGUGAAGAGAAAUUCGUUCAAUAAUUCAGCAAGAGAAUUCACCUUUGGCAGGACAUGCUUGUAUUGCAUCUGCUUUAUAAAAAGCUUUUUCUUAAGGCACACACUGACCAGGACUCUUAACUAGACUUCAUGUAGAUACAAAGUCAAUAUAAACACCUUCAUACAGUUCCAAGGACCCCUCACAACAGGUCUUGGGAACAAUAAUUUACAAAGAAAUGACCACAGUCCUAUCUGUAGGAAUUUGUGAUAGGACGCUUACACCAGCAAACAGUAACACUUCAGAGUGUUAAACUGUUACAAAGUUAUUUUGAAGCUCCAGAUUCUGAAUUGAUGUCAUUUAUAAUUUAUCUUGUUAGUUGAAUUGUGUUCUAGACUGGUUUUCCUUGAAUCAAAAGCUGGUUCAGAGUUGGCUGUCUUGGCCGAAUGCAGCCAAUUUGGCUUAAGGCAAUUCCUUCCACUCCUUUACUACUACUCUCAAGGGCAGAAGACCUCCUUUGUCUCUGUCCCCCAUUCUCCAUUGGACCUCAUAUUGGGCUACGGCCAGGGAAGAUAAGCAGUAAGAGGGGGCUCCUCACCUCUGUUUACCUCUCAAGGGGGGAAACCCUCAAUCAAGAAUGUCACUUCUCAUAUGAAGGUUGCGCAGAUAUCCCUGCCUUCAACCAACCAUGGUGGACAGUCAACCAACAUUCUAUUAUCUUAUGAGAGAUUCUUGUCCACAACCCACCAGUGGAUACAUUAUCCACAUGUUACUAUUUGUUGAUAAUUUACUAAUCUAUUGUUUUAAACUUAACUAUUACUUCUUCCUCUUAUUGGAAUAUAUAUUCAUGUAGCCAUAUACACAUAUAUACACAAAUAAUGUUGCUAAAUUGUUAUCCCAUACCAAAAAUUGCAUUUUAUAAUGACAUCCUUUCUUCAGGUGGAACCACAUAUCUCAUACAGAGUGAACAUGGUUUCCAAUAAUAGUUUCAAAUGUCAGAUACCUCAUUCUUCUCUGGGAUUUACCAGACCUUACCUUCUUACGUUGAACUCCUUCCAGUGUUCCAGGUUGGGCAAAUGUUCUGCCAGACUCUGGGUAAUUCUUGCUCUGCUGAUAGCCAGCUCCCUUUCACCCAAGAGGAUGAGAAGGGGAGGGGAUGAAUGGAUGCAUAUUGACUCAGGGACCCAUCUAAUGACUUGUGAGGUUGGGAAGUGGAGCUUAAAUUGUUAAGGGAGUCCAACUAACCAAGUUUCUCAGGGAUUCUUGCAUGGUCCCCAGGGGUGUUUCUAGCUACUUGUCUUUGUCUAAUUUUGUUGGUAAAGUCUUUAAGAUCUCGCACUUGAUGCGAUGAGCUUUUCUUUGUCACAUUUGCUAGACUUUUUAACUUAUUGUUUCCAGACAAUGGGAAUAAGAUCCAUAGAGCUUAAAGACACUUUUGACUCUCCAGAUGAAAAUUCUGAGGCCUGUAGUAUUCUCCUUAUACUUAUAGAAUACUUAGAGAAUAAAUACGCAGCUGGCUGAUGACUGCUUUCAUUCUUUCGUUUGCCUCUUUGGACUCCUGUGUACCUGUGAGUGCUUAGUAGCAGCCUGGAAGCAGACAUGUUAGGGAAUCACUUCCAGAAGUUGGCAAAGGUGAUUUUGCAUGGCUGGGAAGGGUACUUUGGCUAAUGUGACCCCCUCUACUCUGCAGUUCUACAACACUCACCCCCUCCAUGAGGCCUUCUGACACUAGUAUAUAUUCAUGUAAAAAGUAGUUGAUACAGAGAUAGAACUGGAUGGCACACAGAGUGCUAACAUCACCCUGGUAUGUUCACCGGCAGCCAGACUGCGCUUUUUUUUUUUCCUGAAGUUUUUUCAUUCCCCACAGACCAUGAGAUUCCUCUUAGAGAUCAAUUCUUAACCUCAUCCUACCUCUAUAACCUUGUCUCUUGGCAAGCAGAUAAGGGGAGUGAUUAAAAGAAGUCACUAACCCCUCUCCUUCUGGCACCCAGUGAUACACUUGUAGCCAAGGUAGCAACAGUAGCAGCGACUGCAGGAACAUUACUGUUGGUCCUGCCACCAAAUAGUCCGAUGCAAGACUUCAGUCCUUUGAGGCAUGGAACUCCUCAUCUGUCUCGAAUAAGUGCUCAUUCUAUUAUUCUUCUUCUCUGACUAUUAGGUAAAAAUCCCAUCAACUUCUGGGGUCAUCCUGCCCUGCUGUCAUUUCCCUAUCAACAAGGAUGUCAUUCUGACAUGAGACAACUAUUCCCUUUAGGGAAAAGAAAACCAUUUGCUCCAGAAGUAGGGUAAGAGAAGAAAAUUAGAAAGCUUUUUGGCAGAGGAUUGCCCUUUCACCCCUAUCUUGUAAUACCACAUUUCCAGUUGACCCUGCAGAGAGAAAAAUGGGAAGCUCUGCCCUAGAUUUAUGAGACAGCCGUGCUGAUAAGAAGAGGGUGUGAGGGUUCUGCCUGAGCAAUGGAUGGAGGUCAGGAUAGUGUGAUCCAGUGCUCAACGAAUUUACAGCUUUGACAAAAAUUCCACUGUGUAAGAAGCAGCCCUCUACUUCCAUAGCUCACAUUUCCUAUGUACACCUUGUUCUUUCCUGACCGAAUCCCUUAUAGCGUAAGGUUUUCCUUAGCUUUUCCCUUAGCCAGAUGGAGAAUGUAUCCAAGUGAAUAAAUCUUCCCCUUCCAUAAGUUGUAUCUUAUUAUUAUGUAAUCAAAUAAUAUUGUAUUUUUAUUUUAAAUAUAGAAGUCUAUAUAACUAUACAUACAUAUAUGUACAAUCCUCAAAUGUUGUCUUUCUGAUAUUAUUUGGCAUUUAUAUAUUUCUGCAAGCUUUAAUUGCUACCUCUUCCAAGCUGUAUCUCUCCCUCCUCUAUCAUUUCUACUUGAGAUGGUUUU